GAAGACGAUUCCGUCAUACAGAUGUGUAUAGAUAUAGAAUAAUACAUUGAACGAUUCUAAUCGCUCCCACAGGAUCUCAUAAUUUGCAUUUACAGCCAAACAAUUACAGAAAAGUAACUGUUCAGAUCCACCUCCAGCCGACCAUGUCUGAGCCGGGUUCUGACUGUGGUGAUCCGGCCCAGAGAAGCUCCCAACAGGGUCCAGAAGUGGUGUCAGUGAAGCUGGAGGACUGCGGUCAAACACUGGAACUCAAUGUGAUUGUGAAAGAGGAGGAGGAGAGAGAAAUCAAGGAGGAAGAAAACAGUGACUCGGGAAAGAGCUCCAACCCAGACUCAGACAGCAAGUCCAGGCCCACAGCAUCAGGAAAUCAUAAACAAUGCAGACAGAAGCCCCAACCCUGCUGUAGCGACAGUUUUAUUUGUCCAACUCACCUCAAAUCACUCAAACAGACUCCCAAAAUAAAGAAGACAUACCUCUGCUCCCAAUGUGGGAAGAGUUUCAGUCGGACAGGAGACCUAAAGAGUCACGAGAGAUCACACAGUAAAAAAAAGCCUUACCACUGCGCUCGAUGUGGGGAGGGAUUCACUCAGCUUGGAAGUCUAAAAAGUCAUCAGAGAAUACAUACAGGGGAGAAGCCUUACCACUGCUCCCAGUGUGGGAAGAGCUUUAAUCGUUCAGGAAAUCUUACAGAACACCAAAGAAUACAUACAGGGGAGAAGCCUCACCACUGCACCCAAUGUGGGAAGAGUUUCAGUCGGGCAGGAAUUCUAAAGACUCAUAAGAGAACUCACACAGGAGAGAAACCUUUCCACUGCUCUGCUUGUGGGAAGAGUUUUACAAGAGAAGUAAGCCUAAAGAAUCAUCAAAGAGUACACACUGGAGAGAAACCUUUCCACUGCGCCACAUGUGGAAGGGGUUUCAGUGAGAAAGUAAAUCUUAAUAGACACGAGCGAGUACAUAGUGAAGAGAAGCCUUACCACUGCACCACAUGUGGGAAGAGCUUUAAUCACUCAGGAAGCCUUAAGGAACACCAGAGAAUACAUACAGGGGAGAAACCUUACCACUGCACUGAGUGUGGAAAGAAAUUCCGUUUUGCGGGAGAUCUAAAGAAUCACCAGAGAUCACACAGCAGGGAGAAGCCUUACCACUGCUCUCUUUGUGGGAAGAGUUUCAAUCAACCCGGAAACCUAAAGAGUCAUCAGCGAAUACACAUAGAAGAGAAGCCUACCAGUACUGUCAAUGUGAUUGUCAAAGAGGAGGAGGGUGAGAGGAAAAUCAAUGAUAAGGUAAAGAGAGAAGUUGAGGAAAGUAAUGGUGUAGUUGACUCAGGUACAUCAAGUCUACCUGGUCGUGGGAGUUACCCCUGUCCUCAAUGUGGGAAGAAUUUUAGUUCCUCAAGUAAUCUAAAGAAUCAUCAAAGAGUACACACUGGAGAGAAACCUUUCCACUGCUCAGUAUGUGGGAAGCGUUUCCGUGAGAAAGCACACCUUAAGAGACAUGAGAGGGUACAUAAUGGAGAGAAGCCUUACAACUGCUUCGAAUGUGGGAAGAAUUUCCGUGUGGAAGAGACCCUACAGAAACACCAGAGAAUCCACACAGGAGAGAAGCCUCACCACUGCUCUCUUUGUGAGAAGAGCUUUAAUCAUUCAGGAAGCCUUAAAGAACAUCAAAGAAUACAUAGUGGAGAAAAGCCUUACCACUGCUCUCUUUGUGGGAAGAGCUUCCAUCAUUCAGGAACCUUUAAGAAACAUCAGCAAAGACACAUUGGAGUGAAACCUACCUGUAAUCUCAAUGUGAUUGUCAAAGAGAAGGAUGAUGACUGUACUCUCAAUGUGAUUGUCAAAGAGGAGGAUGAUGACUGUACUCCCAAUGUGAUUGUCAAAGAGAAGGAUGAUGACUGUACUCUCAAUGUGAUUGUCAAAGAGGAGGAUGAUGACUGUACUCUCAAUGUGAUUGUCAAAGAGGAGGAUGAUGACUGUACUCCCAAUGUGAUUGUCAAAGAGGAGGAUGGUGACUGUUCUCUCAAUGUGAUUGUCAAAGAGGAGGAGGAUGACCCAGAUACAUCAAGACUACCUGAUUGUGGUCGUUACCCCUGUCCUCAAUGUGGAAAGAAUUUUAGUUCCUCGAGUAAUCUAAAGAAUCAUCAAAGAGUACACACUGGAGAGAAACCUUUCCACUGCUCUGCAUGUGGGAAGAGUUUCAGUGAGAAAGCAAACCUUAAGAGACAUGAGAGAGUACAUGAGAAGGAAAAGAGAGAAGUUGAGGAAGAGGAGAAAACUGGUAGUGUAGUUGACCCAGGGACAUCAAGACUACCUGGCCGUGGGAGUUACCCCUGUCCUCAAUGUGGGAAGAGUUUCAGUUCCUUAGGUAAUCUAAAUAAUCACCAAAAAGUACACACGGGAGAGAAGCCUUACCACUGCACCCAAUGUGGGAAGAGCUUCAGUGAGAAAGCAAACCUAAAGAGACAUGAGAUAGUACAUAGUGGAGAGAAGCCUUACCACUGCACCCAAUGUGGGAAGAAUUUCCGUGCGGCAGAUACCCUACAGAAACACCAGAGAAUCCACACAGGAGAGAAGCCUAACCACUGCUAUUUUUGUGGGAAGAGCUUUGAUAAUUUAAGCAGCCUUAAGGAACAUAAAAAAAUACAUAAUGGAGAGAAGCCUUACCACUGCACUCAAUGUGGGAAGAGCUUCAAUUACUCAGGAAAUUUUAAGAAACAUCAAAGAAUACAUAUUGGAGAGAAUCCUACCUUUAUUCUCAAUGUGAUUGUCAAAGAGGAGGAGGAAGAUGGAAAAGAGAGAGAAGUUGAGUUCGAGGAGAGAGAAGUGAAGGAAGAGGCUACAUAAGCUAACUAGGAAGGGAGAGUUAUACCUCAUAUCUUUGCAAUGCUGUCUUCUGUGUCAGUAUGGGAUUGGGCAGCACCAUUGAGGGCGAUCUCCUUUUUAAAAUAGUCCACAUUUUCUACUUCUAUGAGUGUAUUGGAAGGUAGCAAAUCAACUGAAAAAGUACAUACCACCUAUUUUGGUGGAGUGUGUAUCAUCUGCACAGGAUCCCUCCUCCUAAUGUACUGCAGUGUGUACAGUCUGAACAGGAUACCACCUAAUGUACUGCAGUGUGUACAGUCUGAACAGGAUCCCACCUCCUAAUGUACUGCAGUGUGUACAGUCUGAACAGGAUCCCACCUCCUAAUGUGCUGCAGUGUGUACAGUCUGAACAGGAUCCCACCUCCUAAUGUGCUACAGUCUGAACAGGAUCCCACCUCCUAAUGUGCUGCAGUGUGUACAGUCUGAACAGGAUCCCACCUCCUAAUGUGCUACAGUGUGUACAGUCUGAACAGGAUCCCACCUCCUAAUGUGCUGCAGUGUGUACAGUCUGAACAGGAUACCACCUCCUAAUGUACUGCAGUGUGUACAGUCUGAACAGGAUCCCACCUCCUAAUGUGCUGCAGUGUGUACAGUCUGAACAGGAUACCACCUCCUAAUGUGCUACAGUGUGUAUAGUCUGAACAGGAUCCCACCUCCUAAUGUACUGCAGUGUGUACAGUCUGAACAGGUCCAAGGUUGGUGAUUUUACUGCUACCUGCAGUUAUGGAAUGUUAUCUCAGGACUAUAAAUUCAUUGGUUAACUCCUUCUGCUGACCUGGAUGGAAUUAUAGCGUCCUUCCUUAACCCACAGGAAGUCCCACCAUUUUGACUACUUCAAAAUGGUGAAAGUCCUCAAUGGUGCUGCUCGUUAGACAAUACAGUGGAAAAGCCUCACCAUUGCUCUCAUUAUAUAAAAUCUCUUAUUCACUAAAGCAUGUGAUAAAUAUAUCUGUAUAGAAUCUGCGUUCCAGGACACAGAUUCAUGCUCGGAGUUCAUUUGACUGUGGGUUGUCGACAAUGCAGCUUUUAAAAAGGCAAUUUCCGACUGUGCGAACAUAUGCAGCAUUUACCAAGAAUAAGAAAUACGCGAUAGUGGGAACCUUGCCUUUAAAAGUCGGAUUGAAUCCCAGCUUCUGUUUAGUCGUGGUAAAAACAUUACAUCUUUCUUCCAUUUAUUUUCUUCCAUUUAGCAGAUCACCCCUUUAAACACUACAGUAUCAUAACAUAUUUACAUAUACCAUUACAACAGUAGAUCACCCCUUUAAACACUACAGUAUCAUAACAUAUUUACAUAUACCAUUACAACAGUAGAUCACCCCUUUAAACACUACAGUAUCAUAACAUAUUUACAUAUACCAUUACAACAGUAGAUCACCCCUUUAAACACUACAGUAUCAUAACAUAUUUACAUAUACCAUUACAACAGUAGAUCACCCCUUUAAACACUACAGUAUCAUAACAUAUUUACAUAUAUCAUUACAACAGUAGAUCACCCCUUUAAACACUACAGUAUCAUAACAUAACACAGUUUUCCCACGUUGAUUCAACGUCAUCGCAUUGACGUUUUUGGUUGAAAUGACGUGGAAACGCGGUUGAUUCAACCAGUUUUUUUUUUGCCCAGUAGGAUUAUGACAGAAUUCAGCCAUUCUUUUUUAAACUCAGGAGAAGGGCUGGUCUGGAUUGACAUCAGAAGUAAACUAUAUGAGUGUAUUGUUAUGUCAUCAUCUGGAUGUAACCUGUGUGUAAAAAUAUAUUGCCAAGUAUCCUCGAAUUGAAUUAUAAAUACAAACAGAACAAACUGUC